CGCGCAAGAAUAUGUUGCUUAGAAUCCGUUCAACAUGCACCCAUUGAAGUAGUUAGGUUUUUUUUAUGUAAGUUGUGUAUUUUUUAUAAGGGUUAGAGGUAUAAUAUGCAUCUUUAUUAUGUCGUUUUAUCAAAUAUGCCCUCUACUAUUUUUUACAUCAAACAUGCUGCUGUACUUUGGAAAAAUGAUCAAAUAUGUCAUUUUGUUAAAAUUUCCAUCCAAAAAUCGUCACCCAUGGUUGAACCUUGGUUUGGACGACACAAAUGUCUAAAAUAUCCUUGAUAAUUUCAAUUUAGAAUUGUUUGGGUUCUUUUUUCAUGAAAAAUUUAACAUAAGAGCAUGUUUGAUCAUUUAUCCAAAGUCCAGAGGCAUGUUUGAUGUAAAAAAUAGUAGAGGGACAUAUUUGAUAAAACUGCACAGUAGAGAGGCAUCUUAUACCUAUUACCAUUUUAUAAUGGAUAUAGAUAAGCAAGAAGGUCCACGCCUCAAUAGUUAUCCUUAUACAUCACAGUAGAUGAUCAUGUAAGAUUUCAAAGUUACAAUAUUUGACCUAGUGAUAGAUACAAUCAACCUGACAAGUGCAAAGAAGAAAAAGUCUAGAGAAGUAGUUAAUUAUAUGUAUUUACUUGGCCCUUUUGACAACAUCAAAUAGUAGAGUGACGAUAUCACCUUUUCGGUGUAAUUCAGAGUUCAAUUCAACGUAUUUUAUAACAUGAUUGUUAUGCAUGAAAGGUUAUGAAUGACAUAAUCCAUUCAUUCUCUUUAUACAAGGUGAAAAGGGUAAUGAAAGUUUUACUAGCUGUAUUUGUGAAAAGGGUAAUGAAAGUUUUAGUAGCUGUAUUUUAUGUAUUUUAAACAUUCAUAUCUAGAUACUACAACAUGAACUAAAUAAAAAGAUGCAUAUAUUCUAAUAAUUAAUGUAUAACAAUCAUAGCAUAUAAUUAAGAACCUGUUUGUUAGAUCUAUAGAGUAGAUGGGUUUAUAUAUCUAUAGAUCUAUAGAGUACAUGGGUUGAACUUCUAAAAAAAUAGUACAUGGGUUGGAACUGGCAUCAAAACUUCAAACAAACUUGAGAUAGAUUUGUCACCUUCUCCUGAUCCCUAUAUAUACCUAACCUCAUUUUCUAUCAAUCUUCAUACCACAACAUCUCACCUAACACAUUCCCAUUAAAAUUCUCUCCAAAAGUCUGUAUUUUCCGGGAGCUUCAACAAUGGUGAGCUCAAGUGGAUUCAGCAAUGGCCACCAUGAUCAUGAGCUCCAAGCAACAUCGAUACUUAACGUGAAACUAAUAAGGGAACCAACUUUGGUCCCUCCAGCCGACGAAACGCCCAAGGGUCUCUAUUUCCUGACCAAUUUGGACGACGAGCCCACCAUUGUCCGGACAAUAUACAACUUCAAGUCGGCGGAUGAUAGAGGAAACGACGAUGCCUGGGAAGUGAUGAAAACUGCCCUCAGCAAAGUCCUCGUCCACUACUACCCUCUCGCCGGCCGGAUGACCUUCGACGCCGAUGGCAGGCGCGUCGUGGAUUGCACCGGCGAAGGGGUGGUGUUUGUUGAGGCUGAAGCUGAUUGUGAGUUGGAAGAGCUCGGCGACUUUACAAAGCCAGAUAUUGUGAAUCGCAGGAAGCUCGUUUAUGAUAUUGAUGGAGCAACGGGGCCUAUGGAUUACCCACCUCUCAUGGCUCAGGUGACCAAAUUCAAGUGUGGAGGAUUUGCGCUAGGACUGGCCUUCAGUCACUUUGUGGCCGACGGAAUAUCAGCAGUCGAAUUCGUCAACUCGUGGGGGGAGAUUGCCCGAGGGCUUCCGUUAUCAUUGCCACCAUUUCUCGAUCGAACCCUACUCCGAGCUCGAACUCCACUCAGAUUCGAACACCACCACUCCGAGUAUGACACGUUACCGAACAUAUCAUCUGACCUUAUCACCGGCGAGGAAGUAGUCUACCGCUAUAUUCGGUUCGACCAGGACAUGAUCUGUAAGAUCAAGCAAGAAUCAAUGGCUCCUUAUAGCGAUCGAAAUGGAAGGAUGAUCACCAACAACAAAUGUUCGUCCUACGAGGUGAUCACGGCUUUCGUGUGGAAGGCUCGAGCCAAGGCACUCAGGAUGUGGGGUGACCAGCUCAUGAGGGUGCUCGUGGUCGUGAACGUUAGAGACAAGUUCGAGCCUCGGCUGCCAAAAGGGUACUUUGGGAAUGCGAUAAAAUACACGGCCGCCACGUGUCUGGAACGUGACCUCGUGGAUGAGCCAUUGUCUUACGCGGUCGGAUUAGUUCAAGAGGCAAUCCGCCGGGUGAAUGAUGAGCAUUUAAGAUCUACGAUCGAUUAUAAUGAAAUAAGAAGGGUGAUCCGUCCAUUAGGGUUUACAUAUAUUUCGAGCACGUGGUCAGGAUUGGCUUUUGGUUCAACCAAUUUUGGUUGGGGUGAGGCUAUCUCGACCGGUCCAGUGGAACUUCCUGUGGAUGAAGGGAUAUUGUUCCUUCCUCGUCAAGAGAAAGGGAAGAUGUGUAUGUAUGCGUUCAUGGGGCUGCCUGUCUCUGCCAUGGAGAAUUUUGAAGAAUUGGUUCGGCAAAUUAAUUAGUAAGCAUAAUAUAAUGUAUUGAUUUGAGAUGGUAUGUUGCUAAUCAACAAUUAUAUUACAUUUGUUAAGCAUCCACUAUUAUGAUGUUCUUAUGAUAAAAAUGAAUUGGUUUGAUAAUUGAAGAAUGGUUUUCUGUAGAAAAUCUAUCAUUGAUCAAUCGCUAAAUAUCUAUAUAAAAUUUACCUUGGAGUAAAUUAAAUUACCCAGUCGAGAGACAAUUUCUUCAUAGAUACAACAUAACUUAUAUAUCAAAUUAAAUCCAUAAUUAUAUUGCAUAUACCAACAAUUAACGUACGUAUGAGAUAACAUUUGAAAUAGUAACUCAGUAAAUACCUAUUGGAUUGUGCAUGAGAAGGAAGUAGUCGAAAUCUCCAAGAAAAUGAUACACAAACGAGAGUGCAUCAACUUGGCGUGUUGGUUCAUCCAUUAAUUAGCAACCUUCUUUUGGCACGCUCUGAUUUAGAGGUGUGAAUUGGAUUGAAUUCAUGAAUUGGUGGAUUGAUUCAUCCAAAUGACAUCCAAAUUUUGGACCAAAAUAUAAAUUUUGAAAAGUUUAGGUACUAAAAUAUCUUAAUAAAAAAAGUUAGAUAUCAAAAAGUAAAGGAUAAAAAAUAUAAGUACGAGACCAUAAUUUGCUAUUUGAAUCAUGGAUGCAUAAAUCCACCAAUCGUGAUCAGAUCAAAGGUGGCAAAAUAGUUACCAAUCCAUUGAUCCCAAUUGCCACGUCUGAUAUGAUCACCGGCUCCAUCAUCAAGUACUUGGCUGGCUGGACCCUAUAAAUAAUACUGAGGAAGAGCUGGAGGUUCAUCACUUCAUCACCAUGACCAAUAAUAUAAUUGUUUGUGUUCGGUUUUAAACUCUAUGCAAUUGCGAGGUGGCGAUACAGUUUGGUCUGGUUUAAUUGGCCCGAAUUGAUCUCGUCCGUUCGGGAAUAUAAGGAUUAAAUAUUGGAGUGGAUACAAUCCGGUUUUGAUCCGGUCCGGUUCCAAUUCGGUUAAGAUUUUAGAUUAAACUUGUGGGGAUUUGAGUGACCCGAAGCAUGAAAGGGUGAGGAAUUGGUCAAGUUUUGGGUGUUGGACUCUCUUAUCCGGUUUACGGUCCGGUCCCAAAAUAAUUUUUUUACCUCAAAUCUAAACCCAAAUAUGAGAUUGAAUUCUUUACUAUUCGAUCCCGAACCGAUCUCGAUCCAGGUUAUACGAUAUGGUUUCGAGUAAAACCAAAAUACCCGUACCAAAUAGCCACAUCUAGCGACGUGGGCUCUAGUCUUUAGAUGCAACGAUUUCACCAACAAAAUGGGCCAAGUCAA